AUGCCUAGACGGACAGAAGAUGCUGAACCAAAAGAGUGCUUGGAGUUUGAUGAUAAUGAAGAGGAAGAGGUAGAAGAGGAAGAAAUUGAGUAUGAAGAAAUUGAGGAGGAGGUAGAGGAGGAGGUGGUGGAGGAGGAGGAGGAGGAGGAGGAGGAAGUGGAGGAGGUAGAGGAGGAGGAAGACCCUGAAGAAAGAGAAGUUCUUGAUGAAAUUGAUGCUAGUCAUGACAGUGACAGUAAAUCGGAAGUUGUCCCUCUUCCUCAGCAGGAUGGUGCCAAAGAUGGGAGCGAUAAAGAGAAGCAUGCCGAACUUCUUGCUCUUCCUCCUCAUGGAUCUGAAGUAUAUUUUGGGGGCAUCUCCAGCGAUGCAUCUUCUGACGAUCUCAAGAAACUAUGCGAGCCAGUUGGCGAAGUUGUGGAAGUUAGAAUAAUGCUGAGCAAGAAGGAUAGUAGGGGAUAUGCUUUUGUUACUUUCAGAACUAAUGACCUGGCUUUGAAGGCCAUCGAGAAAUUGAACAAGGCAACUUUCAAGGGAAAGAAGCUAAGAGUUUCUUCCUCCCAGGCUAAGAACAAGCUAUUUGUUGGAAAUAUACCUCACAGUUGGUCAUUCGAUGAUUUUAAAAAAGCAGUGGAAGAAGUUGGUCCUGGAGUAUUAAAAGUUGAUCUGAUUAAGGAUCCACGUACAGAUCGCAAUCGGGGUUAUGGUUUCGUUGAAUACUAUAAUAAUGCAUGCGCUGAGUAUUCAAGGCAGAAGAUGACUGCACCAAAUUUCAAACUAGAUACAAAUGCUCCUACUGUCAGCUGGGCAGAUCCUAAGAAUGGCGAUUCUGCCUCUACAGGCUCUACUUCACAGGUCAAAUCUGUAUAUGUCAAAAACCUGCCCAAGAAUGUUACUCAAGGGCAGCUGAAAAAGCUGUUUGAGCGCCAUGGUGAAAUCAUAAAAAUUGUUCUCCCCCCUUCAAAAGAUGGUCAUGAUAAUAGGUAUGGUUUUGUUCACUUUAAAGACCGCCACAUGGCCAUGAAGGCUGUGAAGAGCACAGAGAAAUAUGAGCUUGACGGUCAGCUCCUGGACUGCUCACUCGCAAAACCUCCUGCUGAUAAAAAAGACGAUACAGUAUCAUUGCCUACUGCCAAAGGAGGUCCGUUGCUGCAUGCUCCGCUUGGAUAUGGUAUGCCACGGCCAGAUCCUUAUGGUGCGCCUCCUGCUUAUAGUGCCCCUCCUGCUUAUGGUGCACCUCCUGCUUAUGGUGGACAGCCUCUGCUCUAUGCUCCAGGAGCUCCUCCAGGUGCAGCAAUGGUUCCAAUGCUUCUACCUGAUGGCCGUCUUGUAUAUGUUGUGCAACAGCCUGGAGCGCAGCAACAUUUCGCUUCCCCUCCGCCCCAGGUGCGGCAACAUCAGCAUUUCACGUCUCCUCCGCCACAGGCACGGCAAAUUGGACGCAGUGGUGGCAGCGGUGGCGGUGGAGGCAGUGGUGGAUCGAGUAGGUCCGGUUCCGGUACAAAGCGCCCAAGGGGAGAUGACAACAACAGCAGCAGUCGCAACCGACAACGCCGGUAUUGA